CACCCCGCCGAGAGCACAACACGGCGCCGUGGCUGAGCUAUUAUAUGAUGAAUGUAUUAAAGAAGAUGCGUUAAACUCGCCGUGAGAGUGAUUUCUGUCCGGUCACAUGUGACAGCAACAAGCAUUGUUUACUGUUCCUGUGAUCAUCACCUGCUCGAUCUUCUGGCCAUGGAGAAGCUGCAGGGCUUUGAGUUUUGGCGGAAGACUCUUCGUGCUGCACGCUUCGUCCUCGCACCCAUGGUGGACCAGAGCGAGCUGGCGUGGAGGCUGCUGAGCCGCAGACACGGAGCGGAACUGUGCUACACACCGAUGCUGCACGCGCAGGUGUUUGUGCGUGACGUCAACUACCGGCGAGAAAAUCUGUACAACGAAGUGAGCCCUGAGGACCGCCCCCUCAUCACACAGUUCUGUGCAAACGACCCAGAGGUGUUUGUCCAGGCGGCUCUUUUAGCUCAGGACUACUGCGAUGCCAUCGACCUCAAUUUAGGAUGCCCUCAGAUGAUCGCUAAACGAGGUCACUACGGUGCGUUUCUGCAGGAUGAGUGGGACCUGCUGGAGAGGAUGAUUAAAUUAGCCAAUGAGAAGCUCUCCGUGCCCGUCACAUGCAAAAUCCGGGUUUUCCCAGAGGUCGAGAAAACAGUGAAAUACGCCAAAAUGCUGGAAAAAGCGGGUUGCCAGUUGCUCACUGUUCACGGCCGAACCAAAGACCAGAAAGGAGCGCUGACCGGAGUGGCGAGUUGGGAGCACAUUAAAGCCGUACGAGAAGCUGUGAACAUCCCGGUUUUUGCGAAUGGAAACAUUCAGCACCUGUGUGACGUGCAGCGCUGCAUGGAGGAGACGGGAGUACAGGGCAUCAUGACUGCAGAGGGAAACCUGCACAACCCGGCACUGUUCGAAGGGCGUAACCCACCUGUGUGGGAGAUGGUGGAGGAAUAUCUGGAGGUGGUGAAGAAACACAUGCCCAGCACGCUAUCACACGUCCGAGCUCAUCUUUUUAAAAUCUGGCAUCACACGCUGCAGAUCCAUCAGGACCUGAGAGAAGAUUUGGCCAAAGCGAAGAACCUGGCAGGAAUCGAGGAGGUGAACAGACAGCUGAAGCAGCGCUGCCAGGAGGAGAUGAAUAAGGACGAGUCGGCGCGACAUCACACCGGACUGCCUUUUCCUCACUGGAUCUGUCAGCCGUACGUCAGACCAGCGCCGAAGGAUCCGAGCAGCGAGAACAGCGUGAGGGUGGCGAGUGGGAAAAGGGCACUGGAGGAUAGCGACAGCUCCAAUGACUCACUCUCCAAGAACAAGCAGAAGAAGAAAAUCAGGAACCCGCGGAAGAACUUCUGCCCCGAGCUCAAACCAAAGUACAUCAAAUGUGAGCAGUGUGGGAAUCCCAAAGGGAAUAAGUGUGUCUUUAACCUGUGUCGUGGCUGCUGUAAGAAAAAGUCCUAUAAGGAAGUCGCAGAUUGUCCAGGUCACGGCUUGAGUUUCAAGACGAAAGCGCAGAAGCUCGCCGUCCAAACGGAGACCUCAAUCUUGUCUUAAUAGUUUCCGACUCGGACUUUGCCAAGCGUUCGGUUUUAACAUCCACAGUGCAAACACAACUCAUGCUGUAAACGCAACAAUACCAGUGUGUUCCUUACAUACACACACACGCAUUGAAAGAGUACUGCUGCUGCUGAAGAGUUAAAAAAAAAAAACCUAAUACUUUCGACAAGAAUGACUUCCAUCCAGGAGAACAUAAUCGCACAUGAUUAAAAUCUGUAACUUGCACAGAAUGUUUUGUACGUAGGGUUUUCACAUGGCUGCAAUUUGCAGCCACGACAUCAUCGUUUUAGCCAAGCCCCGCCCCCAGCAAGUUGCAGAUUGUACUAUAAACCUCGAUACCAUUUUACACUUCAAUCUUCAGAUUUUAAACAGAAGAAUACAGGGCUAAAUUAUUUAAACUAAGCAAACACUUAGUUUUAACAGUUUGUUUUUAAUUUAUUUACAUUUUAAACGUGCCGGAUUCAGCCCAAUAUUUUUACGUGUUCAAUCAAAUCAACACCAAAGUCAAAUUUCAGUUUCUUCUGAUGCUCUCCAGUUGCACCAUUCACAGGAGUGUUCCAUCAGAGCUGGAUUUACCAGCUGGUGAUCUGAACACUGUGUGAAAACGGAAAUCUAGCGCAUCACACUCAAGGUACAACAAACUGCUGUUUUUCUGAGGAUCAUUUGUGACAUUUCCACUGCUUUUGUUUUUUAAUGGAGGUUUUUACAAAGAAUAAAACUUAAGAUUCUUUUAAACAA